AUGGACUACAGGAACAAGCACAUCCUCGCUCCCAUGGUCCGAGUGGUGAGUUUUCCGUUCCUCCGUUAACGCUACGUCUAGCUUGCUCGCUUCCUCUCCUCCCAACGCUUCCCGCUAUCGUGAAGGAUGGGGAGGAGUCGUGAUGAAUUUUGCGUCCGCUGUGAGCUUGUCGCAGGGAACUCUGCCAUUCAGGUUGAUGGCCGCAGAGUACGGCGCGGAUAUCACCUACGGGGAGGAGAUCAUUGAUCACAAGAUGCUGAAAUGCGUGCGCCGUGCCAACGGUAAGGCGGCAGUCUCGCCUGCGCACAUAUUCUCUUUGAUACUCUAGUGCGUGUGGUUAUGUUCCCCGUCGGGUUGAAAAUUGCAAGAGAAGAUGUAUUCUUUUUUGUACGUCGCUUUGGGAACUGGUUUGUUUCAUUCUGCUCGUAAAUCCAGUCGCAGUACAUGAAUGAAAACACUCUAAGCAUUGCAAUAACGUAUUUGAACUGGCGUCCUGCCUCCCUCUCCACCUUCCUAAGGCCUACAGUGAAUUGUUUGGUCUCUCAAGUAUUGUCAGAGGUUUGAAAUUCUUUUGGUCUAAUGUGAUAUGUAGUUGUCGACGCCAUCAAAAGCUGUGUAGAUAUUGUAAGAUAAGAAUUCCUGAAAAGUACGGCACCUCCUGCCAUUCUUUCUACUGAAGGAAGUAAGUUUUGAAAGCAACAUUGUUUUAUGGUAAAUGGCAUUUUAAUAAGGCCUGUGUCCCAUGUGAAAAAAGAUGAAAAAUAGAAGAAACCAGUAAAUAUAUGGGUACCUGGUUCGUGAUGUUUUGAAACGAGUUUUAAGUCUUGUAAUGUUCAUGGGCUGUUUUUUACUCGUUUUCGAACUUGUAAUUUGUAAAAAAAAAUCCCCUUUUGUUUUGUAUUCCUUCUCAUUAGGACAGAGGUAUUCCUCAACAAGACUUAAUCUUAGCCUCACAUCUGCUCAUUUCCACUUGAAAAUGCGAGUGCUGCAUGUUUGGAAUCGCUCAUUCUUUUUUUCAUGAUCAUCUAUGGCUUUUAGUUCUUUGUUGCAAUGCCAAAUAUCCUCUGGGUGCAAUCUGGAUUAUUGCCAGAGAUACCUGGGUGAAACCUGCUGAUGUUCCAUAUAAGCUGUAACGUUUCAUGAUGGACGACUUAUUUCCAUUUGGCACUAUACGAAAGCUUUGAGAACCCCUUAUACUUGUAACUGUUUACAGAUGAAGAGUUCUUUAGCCGCUGGUCUCAUAGUUACCCUAAUCUUUAACCAUGUCUGCAAGGUGAUGCCGAGAUAUGGUGGAUUAGACCAUUUUGGGUGUCAAAAAACAUGACACAGUCUAUGAUUUCCCUGGCCUCUCAGGUUAGCCUCAAGAGUAUCCAGUCUGGAAAUGAAAAACAUUUAAAUUCAAGAAAAAAGACAAACUGUCAAGCCGAAUGGAAUGAUUUUGAAUGUAGACUGAUCAGUAAAAAAACCUUCACGCCAUUUUGGGCGGUUCAGGCUUUUCUACUCUGGUUCAUGCUUCUUUUUUGGCUAUAUGGUUUAUCCAGGAGGUUGGAGGUUGGGGAAGAUCAAGCUUUAAGAAAUUGUGAAUGCUCUUAUCAAUACACAAAUGUAGAAGUGCUUAAUAUAUGCCAAUACCAUGCAUCAGUUUUCUUGUAUUAGGUUAUCAUGUUCAUAUUACAAUACAUUCGAUCUUUGUAUCACUCAGAUGCAACGGUUGCCAGAUUAACCAUUGGUUAUUUGGAGAAGGUUGUCAUUGAAAGAAAAUAUGCUUGAUAACAUAUGUAAAAUGACUUUGCUAUCCAUGGACUGAGUGAUACGGCCUGUAAUAGAGAUUUGAGUCCAAGCCUAUGCGGUUGUAGGCUUUAUCUGCCAGUCGUUCAUUUUUGGCUGCAAUUUCGUGGUGGGAUUAGUAAGGCAAUAUAUUUUGCAUAUCUGAAAUACUUAUCAUUUUUCCUCCAUUUCUUCUUCACUGUUAUUUAUAUAUAUGUUUAAAUUGAUGACACUUACAUAAAUAUCUCAUAUGAAAUUUCUCAUUUCAUUUUUUUUGUUUUAAAUUCAGAUAUUGAUUCAUACUAGAAAUGUGCAAAAAUAAAUGUUCAUCUUUCUACUUGUUGAGAUACUGGGGCUGGAGCUCCAUUUUGUGAGUUGAAGUUUAGCUGGGCCACUGUGGAAUCAUUUUGCUGCGCUGAAUAUAAUUCCUUUUUUUUUUCUUUUUUUUUUCAACUGAAGUUUCUAUCUGAACUUUAUUGCGUCAUAGCAAGUGCUUAACACAUUUUUCUUCACGGUUUCACCAGACUCCCUUGGAACUACUGAUUUUAUCGAGAAAGGAACGAAUGACGUCGUUUUCAGGACUUGCCCUGAGGAAAAGAAUAGGGUAGUCUUUCAGAUGGGUACUGCAAAUGCUGUGAGGGCUCUCACUACUGCUCAAAUGGUGUAAGCAUACUAAUUACCCUUUUCUCCUUGAUGAAUUCUUGAUGUCAGACUUCUGUGUGACUGCUUAUUCCCAUGGAUAUGUCAACUGAGUUUCCAAGCACGGGAUCCUUCUUAUCUAUUGGUUGGGUGCGCAGUUUCUCUUUCUAAUGGCCAAACUAUCAUCUACCUAGUGUUAUGACGAAAAUACCCUUACAAUUUUCUCUUAAUAUGCUUCGUAAAUUUCGUUCAAAGCCAGCAUUUUUUUUAUUUUUUCCAAAACUGUCAAUAAUCAUCAACCUAGCAUUUUCUUUCUAGGUGCAUGGAUGUGGCGGCCAUAGAUAUCAACAUGGGGUGCCCCAAGUCAUUCUCUCUGAGUGGAGGAAUGGGUGCGGCGUUGUUGACUAAACCAGAACUCAUUCAUGAUGUAGUGACCAUGCUCAAACAGUCAACUUCCUAUAUUUCACCAGUCGUUGACUUCUACAUCACACCCUUUGUUAAUCCCUCCGACCUCGCCCAUGCAGAUUUUGACCACCUUGAGAAGGAACCUGGACCUGCCAGUGACCUGCAAGAUCCGGCUUCUGAAGACCUCUCAAGAGACCGUGGAACUGGCCCGCCGAAUCGAGAGGAUCGGAGUUGCUGCUCUGGCUGUUCAUGGGAGGUACCCUUCUUCCAUCUACCGUGGAUUCUGCUCGUCCUCUUCAAUCCAUCAUAAAACUGUGGCCCGUGCAGGCGAGUUGCAGAUCGACCCCGAGAUCCUGCCCAGUGGAACGAGAUAGCCAACGUCGCCGCCGCUGUAUCCAUUCCAGUUAUCGCCAAUGGUGAUGUUUUUGAGUACGAGGACUUUGACCGGAUUAAACAGGCUACAGGUACCGGUGCUGCUUCAAGUCUACAUAUUUAUAUGAUUUCUAUAGUCAAAGGGAUGAUCUCUGAUGAAAUAUGUUCCAGGGGCGGCCUCUGCGAUGGUCGCCAGGGGGGCCCUGUGGAACGCCUCCAUUUUCGACGCCGGGGGCAAGUCCCCGUGGGAGGAGGCGAAGAGAGAGUACGUGAGGAAGGUCCGUGGAGUAGCAGAACAACAGACUCAUCUCACGGAGCUUCUUCUCCUCUCACUAACCAUUCUUCUUCUUCUUCUUCUUCUUCUUCUUCUUCUUUCUUGCAGAGCAUCUUGUGGGACAACGACAUCAAGAGCACGAAGCACACCUUGAAGGAGAUGAUCAUCCACCAUUCCUGCCUCGAGCUCCCCGAGGGCAAGGCCGUGAUCAAGUCUGCGUCUUAUGCUGACCUUGCGUAAGUCUCUGUCUCUCUCUGUCUCUCUCUGUCUCUCUCUAUCUCUCUCUAUCUCUCUCUUCCGCUUGGACUUGGCCGGGCGUCCGGGGUUUUUCUUCAUUGGUUGAGCCAUCAUGAUCUGAAGAAUCUUUUUCUAAGGAAAUCUUUGGGGGCAGGGGUGUGCUUCUGUUCUGAUAUUAAUGGCAGUUUCUCUCUCUACUUCCAGGAGAUUAUACGGUGAAGAAGAUUACUAUAACUUCGUCACCGAAUAUCGCCAGAAAACUAAGAGCAGGUGA